GAGUAAAAAGGAUUGGGAAUUUGGAGGGAAACACAACCAAUCUCAUUCAUUUCUCUCACCUUCUGUCUUUCUUUCUCUAUCUCUCUCUCAAUGGCUCAAAUUGAAACCCUAGGCAUACUUCAGGACAUCGAAUCCCUCGUCUCUGAUCGGCUUCAAGUGGUUUCUUACAAAUGGCUGAGUCGCAAUUACUUGCUGUCAUCAAAUUCUGCAAAGAGGCUGCUCCAAGAAUUUGUUGAAAAGCAUGGAAAUGGAUUUGAAGUGGUGUAUGCGUUGUCUGGCUGGUUGAAGGGUGACUCUCCAAGCUAUCAUAUAAGACUCGUUACAGGGACAAAACUUGAAGAAGCAAAACAAGAAUUUGAUGGCAGCUGCUCAGUUCAGGUUUAUAGCGUGCAAGCUUGCAUACCAAAGGAUCCAGCUGUACUUUGGAAUGUUGAAUUUGUACAAGCAGAAGAGCUCUUUAAGCAGCCUUCAACGAUUGACAAUUGCCUGAGAGAUAACAGGUUCUGUGCCAUUUCCAAUUCCUUUAUCAAGCGUAAUGUGGAGGGAACUCCAUCAAGUGUUUCAGCAGCACAGUUUCAAAGUGGAGUAGGCGUAGGUCUAUCUAAAAGUGGUUUGACAAGUCAAAAGAUUGCAGCUCCCCAAUCUCUGCAACAGAAAGGAGAGAAGUAUAGUUCUAAAGUUGGUUUUCCGUCUCCCAAUUUAGUAAAAGAUGUCAAAAGUGAAAAUACAGGACUCCAAGAUCCGGUUAACCAAGCUCCUACAAAUAAAGAAAAGGUCCCCUCCAUGGCUGCCAACAAAAAGAAAGUCCAAAAUGGUAAAGGCUCUUCUGGUACAGAAGGUUCACUGGCAAAUUUUUGGAGCCGUGCAUCUGCAAAGACUAAGGCCAGCUGUCCAGCUGAAACUAGUUCUGGAGCUAGUGCAGAGGCUCAGAUUUGUGCUCGAGAAGCUGUAAAUGUGGAGGGUGCCAGCAGUGAUGAUGAUGGUCAAGAUAAAAAUUUUAAGAGAGCAUCCAACGGGGAGAGCACUAGGAAAAGAAGGGUGGUUCUCUAUUUCUCAGAUGAUGAUGAAUAUGAAAAUGCAGUCAGUUUAUCAUCACCGGAAGCAGGUCCGGAUCCAAAAGGAAAAGAAAGUAUCAACUCUUUGGUUCCGGAGAAAUCAAAUGCAAAACUCGACAAGCGGGAGGAUGAUAAAUCAGAGGUCAAGGAAAAGGUGACAAUAGAUAAAGGCUCUACUAAACUAAUGAAAAAUGAUGCUUCAGCUAUCAUUAAUGACAAGAUCACAGGGACUUCUCCGAAAGAGAAGGCACUAUGCUCUGUUCAAGAAAAUGAUGUGAACAAAAGGGACAAGCUUACCAAGACUACUCCAGAGUCACCUAAAAGAAGAAAGGUUCUAAAGACACAGAUUGAUGAGCGUGGAAGAGAAGUGACUGAGGUGAUUUGGGAGGGUGAGGAUACAGAAGCAAAGAAAGCUACCAAUGGGACGGAAGAAAAAGCUGACAGCAACACAAGAAAGAAAAUUGAGAGUAAUACAAGUACCAAUAAUAUUAACAGGCCUCCUGCAGCCAAGAAGUCACCAGCAGUGGGAAACACCGCUCCAUCAAAUCCAACAGGCAAAGCUGGAAACAAGAAAACAGGAAACAAGGAUUCCAAGCAAGGCAACAUUCUUUCUUUCUUCAAGAGGGUCUGAGGUGAUCUUUCAAAUUCUCUUCAUAGUUUGAACGUAUAAGAAAGAUUGUUUGUUCAAAUGGUUCUUCAAGUUGGGUUUUCCUUGUAGUUCAGGUUUUGAAGCAAUUUUAUUGCGAUCAUAUUGGUGGGUAGAGUAGAACAGGAUCUUCUCGUUGAGAUGCACAUUUUUUUUUUUUUGAAGUGGUGUUUGUAGUUUGUACAUAUCAACAAUGUUCUUUUAGUUUAUCAAGAAUCUAUUACCUUACAACACUUCACCGUUACGGUUGCUUAUCCAAUGUUUGUUUGAUGUAAAUGCUAUUCCUCCGGUUUCAUACUCUGAAUGACUUGUCAUACUUGAGACUUGGGAGUCACUCAGAUGUCGAUUUGUCGUUCCAGUAUACUAUCGAACUAUCAAUUGAUACUCUUCAAUUCAUAAUUUCCUUUCCUCU